AUUGAUAACCAGUCGGAAUUUUUCGAUCGUUCAGCUCCAUAUUGGAGGAAUUCCUCCACCAUCCAGACGUUUGAGCACCCUUCAAAAACUACGUCCUCGUUUUUGGAAGUGGGUCUGGUUGUACACACGUUCGUUGUGGACGUAGGGCUCAUUAUCGUGGCUGGCCUCUCAACAGAAACUCCAGCAGUUCACGCUCACGCCAAGCAUAACUCACGCCAUCAAUGAUUAACAAACCCCCUACUCAAUUGCCACCCUCUGUCAAUUUCUUCACGCAUCAUCCUCUCUCCCGUUCAAUCAAUGCAUCGACUAUCAAUCCUCACCUGAAGCAAUCCCAUCUUAAUCAAACUAAUGAAGAUGACUCCAGGAAUCAGGCCGAUUGGGACACAUUCAUGCCAACCGCCAGGCGAUUGAUUGAAUCGUUUGGUGUAUUCUAUAAUCGAUCAACCGACUUCAGAGCAGCAAUCAAGUGGGAAGACCUCAAAUCUCAAGGCUACCGGCCUGUCAAGCGAUCGAAGGUCAACUAUCGAUGGUGGGAAGAAGAACGUAAACGAGGUCGUGUUCAGCCCGAUCACGAACCAAGUUAUCCGCUAUCUGGCUUCCACCAUCAAGCCAAAACCCCCAUUGCAAAAAACCCGAUUGUUCCACAACGUCGCCAGUUCAAUACUUUCUCAAUAUCACACCGUAACCAAAGUACUGCACCCAGUACCCAUAAGAGACCCACCGCUCGUAUUCUUCACAAGAAUUCGCCAGAUGUGAUCGAUAUCGUCGGCGAUCAUACUACUUUCGCUUUCCCCGAUCUUGACUAUACUCUGCACGACUCCGAUUCUGACCCGGGAACUGCUGUGCGCCGUCAAUUGGGAAUCUCGCCAGGUGCCAAAGGUAUCCGAGGUCUCAGACCAGGAAGCUUCCUGGAGUUAAGAAGGACCAACCAAUCGGAGGGCGGAAUCCUUGUGCGAACCCACGGAAAUGGGGUGGUGUACGUCAACCGAGCUGGAGAGAUUAGAUUAAGCAUCUUAGACAAUGUGAUGUAUAUCAUGCAUGGUGUCGUGUCAGAGGACGUGGCUUUGCGGGCAUAUGACGAAAACUUUUCGAUUGAUGGAUUGAACGAUCCAGUAAUCCCAGUGGGUCCGUUGGAAAUAAGCUCAGCAGAACUUGCCUUGAAGGGGGAAACAUUGGCAGCUGCUCGAAGAGAUUGUUGUCGUGCGCUCCGAGUUCUGGAAAAGCAACUUGACCAAUGUCACUCGAUCCUCACCAAAGCAGGCUCUUAUAACCUCUACUCUCGAUUUCGCAAUCCUGACCCUCGAAAGUCGGCCCAACUGACGAGUGAAGAGGCUGUACAAUUCUUACUGGGUCCGCGCUACGCACAGGAUGAAGUCAUGGUCUUUGCACUUCAUCAACAACUAAUGGAAAACGCCGAUAUGUUUCUGGCCAAUGCCAGAGAAAUGCGGGACGGAUCCAGUUUCUCGGUCCAGUCAUUCCAUACUCUCACUGCGCUCUACACUGUCAGAGAUUGGAUUGCCCAGAGCUCAAAUCAGCUGGAGAGUUUUGUUGAAAAGUGUAAAACAAUCGUCCAAGCACAUCGACAACACCAAACGAGCGUUAAUCUGGGUACUCCCCUGAAAUAUGCAGCCUUGACUUUACCAACCUGGACCUCGACCGAUCGUAUGUUCAUCGAAGUCUUCCAUGCUAUCGCUAUCAACCAGCGGAUGAUUCAGGAUCAACCUUACAGCACAAUAGCUGCUUGCAUUCUGAAAAAGAUCGGCCUCUAUGAUUCAGAGGCAAUGGCUAAAACCUGGCCUUCACUAACCUUCGAUCGCUUCGGGGCCAUUGCUCUCCUGAGAGACUUGGGAAUCUUGCCGGCUUGGCAAAGCGUUGGACUUUGGAAUCCAGACUUAGAUCUCACCGAGAGGAUUUCGGAUCAACUCAAGUCUCUUACACAUUCUUCCGGUCAGAAAUCUGCAACCGAAACCUCUCUUCCCAUCGUUCCGUCUUCUCCAUCCUCACACCACUCGAAAUUUGAUCGCACCCCAACUCCUCAACGGUCCACCUCGCUUUCAGAUGAUCCUGCUGAUUUGCUGCGCCAUGAUUUUGGGGAUCUACCGGUCUAUAUCAUUGAUGAUCCAGGAGCACAAGAGUUGGAUGAUGGCAUUUCAAUCGAGCUUAUCAAUCAAUCAGCUAGGAACCUCGAAGCUUGGGUUCAUGUUCACAUCGCUGACCCUACUGCUCAUCUAGGCCCAUCCGAUCCAAUUUCCCUCCGGGCACGAGCAUAUCUUGACACAGUUUAUCUUCCUGGGUUCACCCUGCCAAUGCUCCCGUCUCAAUUCAUCGAAAGUCAUCGAAUGAGUCUUGGUUCGAAUAGCAAAUCAACACGAGAAGCUGGCCAGAAGACGCUCUCGUUCAGUGCUCGAAUCAACCAGCAAGGCGAGAUUCUUGAGUACAAGAUCCGACCGGGUUUGAUCAAAAAUACCAAACAGCUCACUUACCAAACCGUUACCGAAGUUUUGGAUGGCCCCAAUGCUUCAGCACAACGAGUGAUCCACAUUGGUCCCGAUUCGGAUCGGAUCAGUCGAGGUGAAACAAACUCGAACCGGAAUAUAUCGGCACAAGAGCUUAGCCAAGCCGAGCGAGAUCAGAUCCUUGAGCUGGGUAGAUUUUCUCAAAUCCUCACCAAGCGACGAGUGGAUGAUGGCGCGAUGGGGUGGCAUCUGCCUAUGGCUCAAGUGUCCAUCAAGUCUGAUCCGAUGGUCUCGCCAAGCUUGGGGAUCCCUCUCGCACCCCGUAUCACGGUCGGUACUCCAUCAUUCUCAGUCAGUCUACCCGGACAGAUCAAAGAUUAUAAGAAUCACUCCUGGGGGAUGAGUAGUGCCCAGACGCUUGUGAGUGAGAUGAUGAUCAUGGCCGGAAGACUUGCUGGUCGGUUUUAUGUUGAUUCGAAUGAUUCGAGUCAAGACUUCCGGCUAGCUUUCAGAUCGCAACCAUCGCCGGACCUAGUCGGCUUGACUCAAAACCAGGAGACGUGGAAGGAGUUACGGAAAUCGAUCGACCCAAAGUCAGGCCUCAUCAGCCCGUUCAAGUUCCAGAAGUCUAGAAUCAUGUUCAUGCCUGCCGUCAACGGUCUGGAGCCGAUGGAUCACUUCCCCCUAGGGAUCAAUGACCGAUUUGGCUAUUGUAAGGUGACCAGUCCGCUGCGAAGAUACAGCGAUCUGGUGGCCCAUUGGCAGAUUAAGAAUGCACUCUUGAGACGCGCUGAUCGCCGGGCGUAUGCGGACUCACAGGGCGUGUUAUCGUUGAAGGGGAUGAAGGAGUUGAUCGAUCGGAUGGACCGAGAGAGCAAGCCGAUCGUCAACUUAGACCGGAAGAUGAAUAUCUCCUGGUUGAGCUAUCUAUUACGCCGGAUGCUCUCCGACCGAGCCGGUGCGUCAGACUCGCUCAAGAUCUGUGCCCAGGAUGGGGGUGGAUCGGAAGGAUUCAAGGCAUUGGUCCACCACCAACUCACCGCUAUCAUCCUCCAAGAUCCGGUUCUGAUGCGGUUCACAAAUCGCUGGUCAUUCAAGACCUACAUCCCUGAGCUCGGCUUGCGGGCUAGUUUGAUCACCGACCACGUCGAGGAUUGGUUCGCCAAUUGGGUCGACCAUGAUCAUCAUCUUCAUCUUAACGACAGUCCUACUCCAUCUAUUCCCUCAGGUCCGCCUUCCCUCCGGGACCAUGAUCCUGUGGGCUUGAGGGUCCCUGUUUAUAUCGCUUACAUCAAUCAUGAGGAUCAUCUGAUCUUGAAACUUGAUCCCAAUCGUCCAAACUUUCUCAUUGAAUCUACUGUUUAAAUCUUGUUACUGCGUCUUUGCUUCUUAUGCCCUCUUAGAUUCUUGUUCUUGAUGUUUUUGUUUUGUUCAUUUCACUUGGAUUGCUUCAGAAACUUUCUCGUAAUAUAUACACAUGGACUGAUGUCUUUUCCAA